GGAAAAAGAACCGCUUCCGUGUUGUUUUUUGGUUCUGCAUUUGUGAUGAAUAACAGCUGCGUAAGGUAAAAUAAGAUUGACGAAACGCCCGCGAGUGGUCUAUAAUGGUUUUGUAAAGAGAACCAUAGUAACACUGUAUUCGCAAAAAUGUCGUUGCAACAAGGAUCUAAGAAAAAGGACAAGCGCAUUUUGUCUGGUACCUGCCCGGAUCCGAAAUGCCAGGCGAGGCUGUUCUUCCCUGCUUACGGCUCGGUUAGUAUUGAGUGCACCGAAUGCGGCCAGCGUCACGAACAGAGGAAUCUUUUAAAAGUGGAAGAAGUCACCGAUCCGGACGUUGUGCUUCACAAUUUAUUAAGAAAUGCUCUUCUCGGUGUAACCGGAGCCCCGAAAAAGGGAACAGAGUUGGUAAAAGUGAUGGGGCUCUCGAACUACCAUUGUAAGCUGCUGUCUCCCAUUCUCACACGAUACGGAAUGGAUAAACAAACAGGUAAAGCCAAACUCUUAAGAGAGAUGAAUCAAGGUGAGAUGUUUGACUGCUCUCUGUUGGGGGACAGGGCCUUUCUGAUCGAGCAGGAACAUGUAUGUACUGUCGGCUAUGGCAAAGAUCGAUCUGGCAGCCUUAUUUACCUGCAUGAUACAUUGGAGGAGAUGAAGAAAGCAAACCGGAAUAAAGAAUGUCUCAUUCCUGUGCAUGUGGACGGGGAUGGACACUGCUUGGUCCAUGCUGUGUCCAGGGCACUUGUGGGCAGGGAGCUAUUCUGGCAUGCUUUGAGAGAAAACCUAAAACAGAAUUUCAAGCAAAACCUUGACCGCUAUAAGGCCCUUUUUCAAGACUUCAUUGAUGCGGCCGAAUGGGAGGACAUCAUAAACGAGUGUGACCCCUUGUUCAUCCCCCCGGAGGGCGUGCCCUUAGGACUGCGCAACAUCCAUAUAUUUGGGUUGGCGAAUGUGUUGCACCGGCCCAUAAUCUUGCUAGACUCGCUGAGUGGCAUGAGGAGCUCUGGGGAUUAUUCUGCAACUUUCCUCCCGGGGCUGGUGCCAGAGGAGAGGUGCAAGGGCAAGGAUGGUCAGUUCAACAAGCCCAUAUGCAUCGCCUGGAGCAGCUCGGGACGCAACCACUACAUCCCCCUCGUUGGAAUAAAAAAUAUGCCGCUGCCCAAACUGCCCGCAAGGCUUCUUCCCAAGGCCUGGGGAGUGCCGCAGGAGCUCAUCAAGAAGUACAUUCAGCUGGAGCAAGACGGGAGCUGUGUCAUUGGCGGCGAGAGAAGCCUGCAGGAUAAGUACUUGAUGAGGCUAGUCGGUGCCAUGGAAGAGAUAUUCAUGGAGAAGCAUGGAAUUCAUCCCUCUUUGGUGGCUGAUGUGCAUCAGUAUGUAUACAGAAGGACAGGUGUGAUUGGAGUUCAGCCUGAAGAAGUUACGGAGGCUGCCAAAAAGUCAGUGCUGGAAAACCGCCUUCACCGCUGUUUGAUCUGCAACGCGCUGUCAGAGCUCCAUGUGGCUCCUGAGUGGUUAGCCCCCGGUGGCAAAUUUUACAAUUUAGCCAAGUCGACUCAUGGGCAACUCAGACCUGACAAGAACUACAGCUUCCCCCUGAACAAUGUGGUGUGCUCCUACGACCCUGAGCGGGACGUCCUGGUUCCUGAUUACAAGCUGAGCAGUCUGAACACCUGCAAUUGGUGCCACGGCACCUCCGUGCGGCACAUCCGCGGCGACGGCUCCGUCAUGUACCUGGAUGGGGACAGAACCAACACCCGCUCCCAGGGGGGGAAAUGUGGCUGCGGGUUCAAGCAUUUCUGGGAGGGGAAGGAGUACGAAAAUCUGCCAGAGGCCUUCCCCAUCACUCUGGAGUGGGGAGGGAGGGUAGUUAGGGAGACGGUGUACUGGUUCCAGUUUGAGAGCGACCCCAGUCUGAACAGCAACGUGUAUGACGUUGCCAUGAAACUGGUCACUAAGCAUUUCCCCGGGGAGUUUGGGAGUGAGAUUCUGGUGCAGAAAGUGGUGAACACCAUUUUGCAUCACACUGCCAAGAAGAACCCGGAUGAGUACAACCCGGUGGCCAUCGAUGGGGCCCACGCUCAGAGGCUGAGUGAUAUCGAAGAGGGGCAGGCGGCGGUGGACGUGCAGCCACCGACCAAGAUCAUACUGACAGGGCAGAAGGCAAAGACCCUGCACAAAGAGGAGUUGACCAUGAGCAAAGCUGAGCGGACCCUCCAGCAGAGCAUCAGCGAGCAGGCCUCAGUGGCCCAGAAGAAGAGGACUGACAGGCUGAAGCAGGAGCAGAAGAGCCAGGGGAGACCUGCCUCCGUGGGGACCCAGGAAGGACCUUCUUCUGCCCCAGCCACUCCCACCAAAGCCCCCUACUCCCCCAAGUCUAGCAAGGAGAAGAAGAUCCGUGUGACCACCAACGACGGGCGGCAGGCCAUGCUGACGCUCCAGGCCGAGACCACCUUCUCGGAGCUCCAGAGGAGCAUCGCCAAAGAAUUUGCCGUGCCUCCAGCCCAGCAGUGUAUCCGCUAUGGCUUUCCUCCCAAGGAGCUCUUGCCACCCAAAGAGGGCCAGGAGAACGAACCCCUGCCUCUGCAGCAUGGGGACAGGGUGACCGUGGAGGUGGUCAGGGACCCCAAGGAGAAGGAGGUCCCUGCCCCGGCUACUGCCGCCCUCCACUCUGUGAGGAGUGAGGAGUCUGCAUCCUCCAGCAGAAUGACCUCCAGAGAGCUGCAGGACAACAUCGACCUUGAGAUGUCCUCCCUGUGCCUUCUAGCCACCUUAAUGGGAGAAGAUGUCUGGUCAUAUGCAAAGAAACUGCCUCACUUAUUCCAGCAAGGUGGAGUCUUCUACAACAUCAUGAAGAAAGACAUGGGACUGAUGGAUGGCAAGCACUGCACCCUGCCUCACCUGACGGGGAAGACGUUUGUGUACAACGCGGCGGAGGAGCGGCUGGAGCUGUGUGUGGACGCGGCAGGGCACUUCCCUGUGGGCCCCGACGUGGAGGACCUGGUGAAGGAGGCCCUGGCGCAGCUGCGCUCGGAGGCGGCCACCAGGAGCCGCGAGGGCAGCCCCUCCCACGGCCUGCUGCGGCUGGGGAGUGGCGGCGUGGUGCGUAAGAAGGAGCAGAUGCACAACGUCACCGCCUUCCAGGGCAAGGGCCACUCCCUGGGCGGGGCGCCCGGCGGCGGCUCCCCUCCGGAGCUGAAGCCCAUCUCCCGCAAGCACAGCAGCGGUGUGGACCUGAGCGCCAGCGUCUCCAGGCAGGCCGACCUCUCGGACAUCCCCGAGGACACGGCCAAGGAGCUGGUCCGCAUGGCGCCGGGCUUCGUCACCCUGAAGGACGGCCGGCACCUGGACCCCAGCGUGAUCGAGGCCCAGAGGAAGCGGCUGCAGGAGAUGGUCUCCUCCAUCCAGGCCUCCAUGGACAGGCACCUGAGGGAGCAGAGCCAAGGCGCGGCCGCCCCGGCUGCCCCUGCGAGCCCCGCGGAGCGGACAGAGGGAAGCAAGACAGGCGCCCCGGAUCCCGCCCUGGGGCUCGGCGACCACGAACCCUCCAGCAUGGACGUGAGCGCCAGUGGCGGGGAGCCGGCGGCGGGCAAGCCGUCCGAAAAGAGCGCGGCCUCGGAGGACAUGGAGGAAAUGGAGAGUCAGGAUGCGGAGCCUACCAGCACCACUGAACCGAUGGAUCAUUCCUGAUGGGAGAAGUGCAUCAUCAGCCUCAGUGUUUCACAUAGAAAAGGCACACUACUCAUAAUCUUCCUCCACGGGCGGCAUUACG